AUGGCCCCAAAAAAAAUUGAAGAAGGAAGGUGUGGAAAUAUAUAUGAUUUGUACAGUGGAGAUGUGUGUUGUGUUAUCCUGACGCCGGUAGAGUGUUAUGGUGUUGGAAACUUUGUGUGUCAUUUUCGGGUGUGUGGUGUUGCAUCGUGGUCGGUAGAUUUCGCGAGAGGAUCUUAA